AUGACAGGGGAGAGCACGGCGGAGCCGCUGCUGGGGCUGUUGAGCGUGAAGGUCCUCCGCGGCUAUAACCUCGCGGUACGCGAUCUCUUCAGCAGCGAUCCCUACGUCCUCCUCAGCAUGGCCAGCCAGGUUUCAGCCAUCUCCUCGUUCCUUUUUGUCUCUCUCUCCUACCAGCUAUCUGCUUUCCUGUUUCGCUGAAGGAGGCGGACGAGGAGGAGGCCACUGCGUUUCACUCUCACUCUCUAUCUCUUGCCGUCUAUCUCUCACUCUCACCCUGACAGUCGUGGUGAACGAGACCGCCGGGAUUUUGGAGGAGAAUUCCUUUUGCAUCUCUCUUUCUUCCACCAAACACACGCACACGCAAUGACAGAGAGAGAGAGAGAGAAUGAUAGAGAGUCUCUCUCUCUCUCUCUCUCUCUCUCUCUCUCUUGCCGUCCAUUUGAUGGAGAUGUGUUCGUCUCCCUGACAGUCGUAGAGGACGACCGCCACUGGGAUUUUGGAGGAGGAGAAUUCCUUUCGCAUCUCUCUUUCGUCCACUAAACAGACACCCGUAGACUCUCUCUCAUUCUCUCUCUCUCUCGCUGUAGCUAUCCACGGUGCAGUCAUUGUCAGUAUUCCUGAACUGCAGAGGAGCACGGCCGUGAAGCUGAUCGGGAGGUCUAUUCCCUCUCCCCGUCCCGUCCCGUCCCCUCCCCCCCCCAGCCUUCUCUCUCUCUAGCUUCUCUCCGGCGGAUAUGACCAGCAGAGGAGGGGAGGUUUGAAGGAUUGAAAUUGGGCCGAUGCUAUCUGAAAGUCAUCUCUUUACCAUUAUUGGGCUUGGGAACGUGUACAAUGCGGGCUAAUGCUAUUGGGCCUAUUUUGUUCCCCUCCCCUCCAAUCCCUUCGCAAGAGGCUCAUCGGACGUCUUUACCGGGCCCAUUCCUACCGUAGCUUCACCGCGCCGACCCUAAGCUGCCUAGGGGGAAUCAGGUCCCACAAAUUUGUAAUGGUAACUUUACUGAGAUUACAUCGGAAUCUAUUAGGCGGCGGCGGGGAAAUGGGUCCCAUGGAUUUUUCAAUACCUCCCCAGUUCCUUGAGUUUGGACUGAUCAUUCCCUAGAGGCAUUCCCAUCCAAAUAAAGGGACGUGGAGGCAACUCCCGUACAUGAUAUAACUUCGGAAGCUCCUCCACCCCAAGACACCGGCGGCCGAAGAGAAGGAGAAAGACGAGGACGAUGAGAGACGGGCGGACGUGGGAAGGGUUGUUGAAAGUACGGGAGAUCAAGGCAAGGAACCUCUCCACCCGUGACCUCCGCAGCAGCGAUCCCUACGUUGUCCUCAGCUGGAGGAACAAGGUUCUUCCCCCAAUCCUCUCUCUCUCUCUCUCUCGAUCUUUCCCUUCCUCGGCUAGAAGAACAAGGUUUUACCCGAAUUCUCUACGUCCAUCUUUCUCUCUCUUUACCGUCCGCUGCUGCUGCUGCCCCUGCGGCUCUUCCUGAGCCACGGGAGGGGAGGGUGGGCGGGAGGAAGAAGACGAGGAUCCUCCCACCCCCAAGGGGGGCCUCCGAGGAUUGGCGGUUUCCAUCCGAUUUCGGGUCGAUCCCGUCCCCCCACCCCCACUUUUGGGCGCCUCCGAGGAUCCUCCGAGUGCGUAGUCUGCCUCAAGGCUCUGGAUCGGUGAACGCGUCCCGCAGGAGAGGGAGGGAGGGAGAGAGGGAGAGAGAGAGAGAAUACGCCUAAUUUGGUAUUCUAAUAAAUAAUAAGAGCAAUAUAUAUGUACAUGAAUAUUUUUGAAACCUUUGGUUGGUAUUGAAAAGUUUGUGACUAUUGGUUACCAAUGCUUGACUUGAGAUCUUUCUCAUUCUUUAUCAGUAGUUUAUUUACCAAGUUGAGGGGUAGACUUACUGCUAACAAAAGAAAUUCUCUUUUUGACAGGUGUGAAGCUUACAAUUAUUCAUCACUAAUGUUCUUCAUUUGUCCUUGCUUUUUUCCUUUUAUGAUUUACCACAGCGAGUAAAGACAAAAGUGAUAAAAAAGAAUCUCAACCCAGAGUGGAAUGAGGACCUGACCUUAAUCGUACUAGAUCCAAGUAUCAAUAUCAAGCUGGUGAGUUCCCUGAAGUACUCUUUGUGAGUUCUAGUAGUGUCCAUGAGUGUCUUUCAAUACAUGGUUAAUUGACUUUUAAACUUCUCAUCAUUGUAGAAAAAGAGUUUAUAAAGUGGGCUUGGAUUGACCAACAUGUUAUCUAGUCCCUAGUUGGCAUUGACCAAUUUAGCCACGUAAUGCCCAUCAUUAGCUGCUAUGCUCAUAUCAUAUAUAGACCAUUUAAUUUGACAAUUAAACCAACUUUAUUACCAUUUGAGUAGAUGCCAGAAAAAAUAUAUUAUUAGAUCAUCCCACACAUCAUUUAAAUUCAUUAUGAUCAUCUCAUUCAUCAUUAGAUUAAAGGAAACUAAUACUGUAAACUAUGAUAUUAUAUUAUAGACCACUUAAGUCAAUAAUAUUGCAUAUGAUUCUAUUGUUUCAUUCAAAUUCCUUUUGGACAACAUUACUUGCUAGUGGGAUGUUUUGAAUGUCAUUUGGGUGUGUUGGUUUAACAUUAAAAAUUACUGAAUGGUAUUGUCUACUCACUCUAGCUAUCAUUACGAAUUAAUAGGUCAUCUAAUAUAUUACUUGAUUAAUUAAAAUUGACACUAUGCAUCACUACCUGAUUUAUUAUAUCCAUUGAAUCCACUCAAGCCAAUACUAUGUCAUAUACUACUUGAAGUUAACAAGUCAUUGGUUCGUAGAUCAUUGCAUGAAGUAUCUCACACAUGGAGUAUUAAUAUUGUAAAUCAUUAGAUCAUCUACUGAACUAAUUUGAAUUCCUUGACAUUUAAUACAUCAUCUUCCAUAAUAUCUAAAUUUCAAAGUGCUAGCAUGACAAACUAUUAUGUUAUCUCCUAAACCAUUUAAAUUCAUAGAAAGAAUAUCAAUUAUUAUAUUUUUUGUAUGAUAUUACCCCUCAAUCAAGAUAAUGACAAAUUAUGAAUCAUACCAUAGUCAAUUGGAAUGUAUAGUUGUAAGUACACUAAUUAAGUUCAUCUUGUUAUAAUAAUUCAUAAUGACUAAUACAUUUACUUUUUUUGGGUCAUUUAGGAAGUCUUUGAUAAAGAUACCUUCACCCCUGAUGACCCCAUGGGUAAAGCAGAGAUUGACAUACAACCACUUGUGGAAGUUGGAAGGACAGAAUUAGGAACUCUCUUGAAUAAUGACAUCAUCAGUAGAGUGAGUCCUAACUCAACCAAUUGCUUGGUGGAUGAAAGCAAGAUCUAUGUCUACAAUGGGAAAGUGGUCCAAGACAUGAUCUUAAGGCUUAGGGAUGUAGAAUGCGGAGAAGUGGAGUUGAGGUUGGAGUGGGUCAAGGCUAGAAGAGAUUAG